UCAAAACAAAGAUGAGGAAGGGACUGAAAGUUUACGCUCAGACUCCAGUAAAACUGCAGAUCCGGAGCCAAUGAGACGACACGGUGACCACGAAGAUGCUGCUGUCCCGUCAGACAGCAACUGUAAAUCAAAGCUGAUCAGGACCCACACGGGGAAGAAGGUAUUUUCUUGCAGCACUUGCAGGAAAGAGUUCAGUAAAAGUUGUAAUUUAAUGGAUCACAUGAAGAUCCACACUGGCGAAAGGCUGUACCUGUGCAACACCUGCGACAAAACCUUUACUUAUUUAUCAUAUCUUAAACGGCAUAUAACCACGCACACGGGCGAGAAGCCCUACAUCUGCAAAACAUGUGGAAAAAGUUACAGGCUACAUUCCCAUCUGGUGAUUCACUCGAAGACCCACAUGGACGAGAAGCCCUACAUCUGCAAAACAUGUGGAAAGAGUUACAAGCAACGUUGCCACCUGGUGGUUCACUCAAGGACCCACACCGGCGAAAGGCCGCACGUGUGCAGCACCUGCAGCAAAACCUUUACUAUUUCAUCGGAUCUUAAACGCCACAUAACCACGCACACCGGCGAGAAGCCCUACAUCUGCAAAACAUGUGGAAAAAGUUACAGGCUACGUUCCCACCUGCUGGUUCACUCGAGGAUCCACACGGGCGAGAAGCCGUACCUGUGCAACACCUGCGGAAAAACCUUUACUCAGUUAUCAGCUCUUAAAAGCCACAUAACCACGCACACGGGCGAGAAGCCCUACAUGUGCAAAACAUGUGGUAAAAGUUACACAGAACGUUGCCACCUGGUGGUUCACUCGAGGAUCCACACCGGCGAAAGGCCGUACCUGUGCAACAUCUGCGGAAAAACCUUUACUAGAUCAUCAAAUCUUAAAAGCCACAUAACCACGCACACGGGCGAGAAGCCCUACAUCUGCAAAACAUGUGGAAACAGUUACAAGCAACGUUUCAACCUGGUGGUUCACUCGAGGACCCACACCGGCGAAAGGCCGCACGUGUGCAGCACCUGCAGCAAAACCUUCACUAAUUUAUCGGAUCUUAAACGCCACAUAACCACGCACACGGGCGAGAAGCCCUACAUCUGCAAAACAUGUGGAAAGAGUUACAAGCAACAUUACAGCUUGGUGUUUCACUCGAGGACCCACACGGGCGAGAAGCUAUAUUUGUGCAAGACGUGCAACAAAGGUUUUGGCCGCAGAAUUGAUUUGCUGAGUCACAUGAAAAAUCACCCGAUGGAUCACAUGAAGAUCCACACUGGCGAAAGGCCGUACCUGUGCAACACCUGCGGAAAAUCGUUUAGAAAAUCAUCAAUGCUCAAGAAGCAUAAAAUGAUCCACAAGGGCGAGAAGCUCUAUAUCUGCAAAACAUGUGGAAAGAGUUACACGCAACGUUCCACCCUGGUGAUUCACUCGAGGACCCACACCGGUGAAAGGCCGUACCCGUGCAACACCUGCAGCAAAACCUUUACUAAUUUAUGGGAUCUUAGACGCCACAUAACCACGCACACGGGUGAGAAGCCCUACAUCUGCAAAACAUGUGGAAAGAGUUACAGGCAAGAUUCCCACCUGCUGGUUCACUCGAGGAUCCACACCGGCGAAAGGCGGUACCUGUGUAACAUCGGCGGAAAAUCGUUUAUAAACUCAUCACAUCUUAAACGCCACAUAACCACGCACACGGGCGAGAAGCCCUACAUCUGCAAAACAUGUGGAAAAAGUUACACAGAACGUUACAACCUGGUGGUUCACUCGAGGACCCACUCCGGCGAAAGGCCGUACCUGUGCAACACCUGCAGUAAA